CGAAGGCGCAGCGUCAGAUCAUGUGCAUUUGUUUGUUUGCACUGAAUGAGAAGUGCAGCUAAAAUAUGAUUUACUUUAACAGUGCUGUAAUAAAUUGUCAUUUAUAGUCUGCAAAGUUUGAAAAGUCAUGCGCUCGGUAAGUUAUGUGCAGCGGGUGAGUUUAGACUUCACCGGAACACUCUUUCCUUACGCCAUCUGUCUUGGAGAUGCAGAUAACGACUCUUUGAAUGAGCUGGUGGUUGGAGACACCAGUGGGAAACUUUACAUCUAUAAAAAUGAUGACUGUAAGCCCUGGAUCACUCGAUCAUGUGUGGGCAUGUUAACCUGUGUAGGAGUUGGAGAUAUUUGUAACAAAGGAAGGAAUGUAGUAGUGGCGGUGGGAGCGGAGGGUUGGUUUCACCUGUUUGACAUCAGUUCUGCUGCAGCAAAGCCAGACUCUUCCAGUCAGCAGGAUGGCUCAACUGGUGAUGAGCAGAAGCCCAGUUACACCCAGCACAUCCCUGCCAACACCAAAGUUAUGCUCAUCAGUGAUAUUGAUGGAGACGGUCGCUGUGAGCUUGUUGUUGGCUACACUGACCGGGUGGUCCGGGCCUUCAGAUGGGAGGAACCUUCUGAUGCUUCAGAUAUGAGCUCUGGUCAGCUGAUCCUACUCAAGAAAUGGCUUCUGGAGGGUCAGGUGGACAGUCUGUCGGUGAAUCCGAGUCCAGAAGGUCUGCCUGAGCUAAUGGUGUCUCAGCCCGGCUGUGGUUAUGCCAUUCUCAUGUGCUCAUGGACACAAGAGGGCGCCGCAGGACCUGGGGAUGAAAACACAGCAACCCCUUGCAGGGAGGGCUCUUCCAGAGAUGUUGUCCUUCAUCUUACGACUGGACGCAUCCAUAAUAAGAAUGUGUCCACUCACUUGAUUGGCAGUAUUUCCAGAGGCUCUAAAGAUGAAUCUUCUAAAGGUGGCCUGUUUGCUCUCUGCACUUUAGAUGGAACGCUGAAGCUCAUGGACAGCUCAGAGAAGCUCUUGUGGUCUGUGCAGGUUGACCACCAGCUUUUUGCCCUCCAGAAGCUGGAUGUUACUGGUGAUGGGAGAGAGGAAGUGGUGGCCUGUGCUUGGGAUGGUCAGACGUACAUUAUCGAUCAUACACGGAUGGUGGUUCGCUUCCAGUUUGAUGAAAAUGUGAAUGCGUUCUGUGCAGGCCAGUAUGCAUGCAAGGAUGGAAGGAACAGCCCCUGUCUGGUCUAUGUCAGCUUCAACCAUAAGAUCUAUGUGUACUGGAGGGUGGAGCUGGAGAGGAUGGAGCCCACAAACCUGCUGAGUGUGCUGGAGGACCGACCAGAGUAUCCACACCUGCUCCGCAGACUGGGAGUGGAUAUGAGUGACACAGUAGCAGUUCGGAAACUCAUUGGAGACGUGCUCUACAAGACCAUACCGAAAGACGGCGGACAAUGAAUCACAACUCGCAAACACAGCUCUUCAUUUCUGUAAAUAGACUUUUAUUAAAACUACUUCACAAUA